AUGUCACGAGGAUCUUUUCGAUCUCGAAGUUCGGAUCAUGUUCCGAUUGUUCCGACAAUGGUUUCAUCGAAUCCUGGAGUUAAGCGAAUUCAGGUUUUUCGGAAUGGUGAUGUUUAUUUUCAGGGUGUUCAGGUGAGAGGUUUUUUUGGGAUUGGAAUUGUGAAUUUAAAAAAUUGAAUUCUGAAUUUUUUUUUAACUGUCUGAUUUUAUAAUAAUUAUUAUUUUUAGCGUUUCAUUUGAAAUACAAUUUUUCCAAAUUAAAAUUAAUUUUAAAGUUUGAUAUUUUCCCAAAAAGCUCUACUGCGCAAUGUUGAAUUUUCAGCUGUCAUCAACAUUUUCGAUUGAGAUUUUUGAGCCUGGACUUUGAGCUAACAUUACAAAUCAUGAAAACUUGAGCGUUUCAAUUAGAAAAAUUUUUCUCGUGAUUGAAAAUUUCAGCCAAAAAGUUUCCAAACGGUCCCUAAGCAAUUUCAGAUCGUAAUCAAUACUCAUCGCGUCACAGAUCUCAACAUUCUCCUCGACGUCAUCACCCAAAAAAUCGGCCUAGUGAAUGGCGCCAAAAAACUCUACACAAUGUCUGGUGUUCUACUGAAAGAUAUCACAAAAAUCAAGGAUAAUGAGAAAUAUGUGGCAUCGAGUUCGCAUUUUACGCCAAUGGCGUAUGGUGGAGAAAAAGUGGCUGUAGAGAAAGGGAAAAGAGAGCACAGAGAGCACAGAGAACAUAGAGAAAAAGAGAAACACAGUAGAUCGAAAACGAAAUCGAAGGAGAGGAAGAAAAAGUGAGUUGUGGUGUAACAGCGGAGUGUCGUUUGAAAAUAAUAAUAUUACGACACUCCACACUAACGGUGAAGCUAAGCUUAAACGACACUCCGCUUUAACACCUCCCGUGUAAUCAUGGAGCAUCGUUUUUUUUUCCAGAGUUCACCCUGAAAAAGUUGUCAUUGAAAAAGAGGAAAUCAUCAUCCCAGUCACUAUGGAAAAACCCAAAAAACUGAAAAAGAAGAAAAAAUCGAAAUCUACAGAACAUCAUCAUGAGGAAAAUGAGUGAGAAUAUGAAUUUUUGAAUUUUUCAAAUCUGAAAAAAAUUUCAGAGAUUCCCGACCCCCAAGUUCAGUGAUAUCUGGAACUGCUGAAGUUGAAAUACCGAGCGAAAUUGAAGAUUCGGAACAUGAGGAACAUCUAGAUGAACAUCGACCCCAAAAUCCAUCACCGCCUCCUGAGAAACCCGAGAAAUCUCGCAGAAAAUCAGUGAGUUAAAAAAAACAUUAUGGAGAGAUUUUGCAUGAUAGAAUUUUUUCUAGAUUUGGUGCUGGUAA